AUGACUUCUACCUCCGGCUCGUUCUAUAUGGAAGGCUCCCAACCGAUCAACAAGCCUCCACAGUUCAAUAGAGCAAACUACUGUCAUUGGAAGAAAGUAAUGAAGUUAUUUAUUCAAUCCAAUGAUCUUGAUGCAUGGGAGAUGCUCGAGAAUGGAUACUCUUCUCCAACGAAGAAGACGAAGAAGUGGAAACUUUCUUCUUGUUCGAAUGCCAAUGAGCUUUGGAAUAAGCUCGAGGAAAUCUAUAAAGACAAGAAAGAAGAUCUAACAAAGGUGGUGUCUUUAAUGGCUCAUAAAGAGCCCAAGGCAGGUCCCCUUUUUUGUUGCUUUCCAUUCUAUCUAUGUUUCAUUGCAACCGCUAAUAGUUGUGGUAUUGUAAAGGAGAUAAGCAGUUACUGUUACAUAUAUGUAUUGCUGGUUCUUGGUGCCGCAGGAGGCGUUCUCAUUUCUGCCGUUCAAAUUGGCCGGUUUUCCGGUGCAAUAGUCACUGCUUUUUCCAGAUUAAGAGUAAGGUCGUCCGACACUACACAAGAGAUGGUGGGUGCUGCUAUUUCUAGCAUCACUUCUUCACAGAUAACGAUGAUAAAGGGCGGUGGUGGUGGUGCUGCUGCUGCUUUUCCAUCCAAAUCCAUGGAAUUGCGGUGGAUACGCAGAAACAGUAGAAGAAAGAUCCCUAACCCAAACCCAAGUUCAAGGGAGUUUGGCAGCUUAAAUUCAACACCACCGCCAUUGAUGAUGCCAAUUUACAUAUCAGCGGACCCAUCCCACAUUAAUCUUCAAGAGCUUAGUGAACUGUACACUAGUUGCAACCACUCCUGCCACCGGUUCCCUAAGGUGGACUCAAACACCGGCAUAGUUGAAGAAGCCUUGGACUUGAACAAGCUCCGGAUUGCUCUCUCCCACAGUUGUGUGAUUGUUUCAGUCUUCUGCAAACCUCAGCAUGUCAAGGUGACUAACAUCACCAAGCAAAUCCAAAACCAAGAGCAACAGAAGCAAAUGAAAAGGGGUUUUGUUGGAGAUUUGAUGGAGAGUGUGGCGCCCAUAAACCCUUCAAAUGGCCAGCUUAUUGGCUUUGGCCGUGCUGUUUCUGAUCUAGGAUUGACUGCAUCCAUCUACGAUGUCAUGGUCGCUCCUCCUUUACAGGGCAUGGGAAUUGGGACGAUAAUAGUUAAAAGGGCUGUAAGGAUACUCACAACUAGAGGCAUUUAUGACAUAGCCGCUCUUUGUUCCACCAAGGAAAGGUUCUUCUUCAAAGCAUGUGGAUUCAGAGAUGACAUCUUAGGCUCUACUACGAUGAUGUAUGGUAGGACGGUUUCAAAUACUUGUUUUGAAGGUAAUGAGCUGGUUACGGCAGCUGGUCGAAAACUUUUGUUAGCUCCACCACUUCGAGUGCCACCGUUUCCAUCUUCCAAGACUACCAAACAUCAAGGUUGAACCACAUGGUUGCCUUAUGAAUACAAUUCUCUCUCAUUGAUGAAGCAUAUGGAAUUAGAAGGGAGUUUGGGGGUGGGGGCAUUUUAUUUUUCCCGUUUGUUUGUGCAUUCAAGAUUCGGUUUCUCUUUCGUCUCAGAAAAUAAAAUCCCCUUUU